AGUGUUACUGUUAUAGCACUUGCAUAUUAUCGCUCAUUUAGAAGUUUUUGAAACUAAUAUGCUGGGUAGAAAGAGAAUUUUAGAUUCAAUUGUAAAAAAUGGCAAAAGUAUUCUUGCUAUUAGGUACAUGGGUACGUCUUCUGCUGCAGAAAAGCGUAUGCUGGAUCGAAUGUUACGGGUAGAUCAUGCAGGAGAGUUUGGGGCUACAAGGAUUUAUGCUGGCCAAUACGCGGCUCUUAAAGGAACUUCCGAAGCCGCCCUCAUUAAACAUAUGUGGGAUCAAGAGAAAGUUCAUCUUGAAACAUUUCAGAAAUUAAUACCUGAGUACAGGUCAAGACCGACAGUCUUAAUGCCAAUUUGGAAUGUAGCCGGAUUUUUGCUGGGGGCUGGAACGGCAAUGAUGGGAAAAGAAGCUGCAAUGGCUUGUACUGUUGCGGUGGAAACUGUCAUAGGAGAGCAUUACGAUGAUCAGAUUCGUAAAUUAAUGGAAACUGAUCCUAAAAAGUAUGAGGGGUUAAUGAAGACUUUAAGCAAAUUUCGAGAUGAAGAAAUGGAACACCAUGACACUGGACUUGAGCAUGAUGCAGAAAAAGCUCCAAUGUAUAAAGUACUGAAUACUUCAAUAAAAGCGGGUUGUAAAAUUGCAAUAUGGUUAUCAGAAAGGAUAUAA